UCCGCGCCAGCUCCUCCUCUCGCACUGACUCCUUAAAAAAACAAAACACUUUAAUUAAAGGCAGAAAAAAAAACUUCACCUUGGACUCAUUGGGCAGAACUUCAAAAGUCCUUGGUUGUGUUGUGUGGUUAUUUAUUUUGAUGUUAUGUGUUGGGAUGUUUUGUGUAGUGGCGCAGUUUUAGUAUAGAGUCUUGUGAUGUGUUGUUUUGUUUCAUGGGUUGUGUUGUCAUGCAUGUGUUUAUGUUGUGAUGUCUUGUUUUUUAAUGUGUUGUGUUGUGUCGUCAUGUUUGAUGUUAUGUGUCGUUCUGUGCUCUGUUACCUCGUAUUGUGAUGUGUUGUUUUCUUUUGUGUGUUGUGUCGUCGUGUUUGUGUUGUGUCACGUUCUUUCGUGUGACCUCUUUACUUGAUUUAUUCACUUAGUGGGUACGUGAGUCUAAAGGUGACUUUGGUUCCUCCAGAGUCAUUGUUAACAUGAAACAAAGUCAGUGUAGGACUCAUUUUCUUUUUUUUUUUUUUUAAGACAAUGACCUCAAUCGAGAAGAAACCCCCAGAAGAGCCGAGCACGAGACAGAAGACGCAGGAGGACCAAACAUACGAGAGACAGGCCCAUGAAGAGAGAGACGGAGGAAAGAUGAAUGACGGAUGUACUGUGUGUUUCUGGGAAUUUGAAGGUAAAUAACUCUUUAACUACUUAAAAGGUUCGACUUUUAAGAAAAAAAAAUAGACAAUUUUAACUGAAGGGCUGAAAUUCAUGUUUGUUUCAGGUAACUUCAAAGAGUCAAACGCCUAAAAUGACUCCAGAGGAGGCCAAAGAUGACGUCCAACUCCGUGAUGCAGAAGGAGAUUGGAUGAACAAGACAACAUGGAGAAGUAAAGUAAGUAAAGUUUGAUGAAUGUGUUUGUUUCAUUAAACUGUUGUAUUUGUGUGCUGCUCUAUUGACCUGCAUUUUCUCCUUAGAUUUAUCUCUAUACAAUAGACACUCGCAAGGAUGAGAGUGAAGAUGAUGAGCAGCCGAAAGAAGAAGAGAAGAUGAGAACAGCAGCAAAGAUGGUGAACAUGGACAAGAGUUUCAGUGCAUGAAGGUACACUGACUGCAUCCUUUGUUCUUUUCUUUCAGAAUGUAAUCACUUCUUAAAGAUUGGUCUCUACAUACUUUGGUGGAUAUCUGUUAAAGGAUAUUGUAUUUUAAUAUUUUUGUCUUUUCAUUCUAGUUUAACAAGUGUAAGAGUGGCCUCCUAACACAGCAGUUAUCCAGCUGGUGACUGAAAAGGAAAGAAGAAACUCUGGAAGGGG